AUAUAUACGCGAUAUAUCCAGGUGGAACAAAAAAUCACAAUAAAGUUAAAAUGAUGAUAAAAUGACCAAAAAUUAUUUUGCCGUCAUUUUGACAUCAUUCUGACUACUAUUGUGACUUGCUAUUCUACCUGGAUAUAUUAGAACUUAUAAUUAGCAAUCACCUAAGAUGCUCAUAAAUAUAUAAUAAAUAUGUAGACUGCGCGUUACAAUCGUGUGCUAUACUUUGUUUUAAAAAGACAACAGUAUAUUUUCCUUCAAAUAAGGAACUUUUUUACUUCAAGUUUUUAUCUUCUUUUUUAUAAAAUAAAAAUUUAUGCGAGUGUAUACUCUGCAGACAUUGGAAAAAGGAAGAGCAAAGAGUGGAGUGUAGGAAGUGUAGUUGGAAUGGUUCUAGAAUUUGUAAACAGAUCUCGCUAACCGCUUUGAGUUAUGAGGUUAAAAUCUUUCAUAUGACACACGUGAAUUAUUUUAUGUUGAAUUGCAGCGUUAUAUCAAAUUUUGGAAAUAAAGUCAACUGUACGACAAAGCUCGAGUUGUUUUAAUAGUUGGAUUAAUAGAUACACAUAGAUAUCAUGUCCAAGAGAAAAGGAGUAUCUCUCGACGAGAAACGCAUGAGAAUGCUGCAAAUAUUCUAUGACAAGAAAGAAUUCUUCACGCUGAAGGAACUCGAAAAGAUCGCGCCGAAGGAAAAAAACAUCGUGGUACAAGCUGUCAAAGAUGUAUUACAAGGUUUAGUGGACGAUGGUUUGGUACGAUCUGAGAAAAUUGGUACUUCCAUAUAUUUCUGGAGAUUUCCAGGAGAAAAUAUUACUGCAACAGAGCGCAGAAUAGCUGAGACGAACAAAAAGCUAGUAGAGACAGAAUUUAAGGUUGAGAAGCUAAGAAAAGAGAUACAGAAGGAGAAGGAGCUAAAGAAUGAUACAGAAGAGAAGAGAAAACUACUGGAGGAGGUGGAACAGCUGAGGAAGGAGGAACAGGAGAUAAAGAAACAAAUUGCUAAAUUCAGCGACGUCGAUCCGGAAGUAAUUACAGAAAUGGAUGAAAAAGCACAGAAAUACAAAGAUGUGGCCAAUAUAUGGACAGACAAUGUUUUUGCUAUACAGAGCUGGUGCAAGAAUAAAUUCAGCGUGUCGGAGCAGGAUCUUAAUAAAAUGUUUAACAUUCCUGAGGACUUGGACUACAAAUGAAUGAAUCUGAUUGUUAGCUCGUGCAAAAAUUUGUUGUUAAUAUAUGAUAUUUUUCUAUAAACGGAUAG